GUUGGGAAGUUUUCUGUAUUGGUUUGACGACACCCGACAGUAUAAAGCAGUUCUUAUCAGACAAUAGCUGCUUGUCUUGAACAAAUCUGAUAAGCUCUCCUGUAAACCGUUGAAAUAUUCCAACAGUAUUGUUCUGUAGCUUCUAUCAGUAUAGAGAUGAAGAUAAUUUCCUCUUCUUGUUUUUAUUGCGGAACAAGUGACAGCUCCUAACUGAGGGCUAGUUUCUAUAAAGAUCUAGAUCACUAGAACAGCAGCGAGGCAUUUGAUCGAAUUACGACUAGUUUAUUCUCCGGGUACAAUGGCUUCCGAAAAAGUUCGCAAAGUAAUAGUAGACGUUGAUGUCGGUACGGAUGAUGCUUGGGCUUUGUUGCUUCUAUUAAAGUGUGAAAGAAAAUUCAACUUCAAGGUCGAGGCUAUCACCUGUACUCACGGUAACACGAGUGUGGAUAACGGUGCCCGUAACGUGAUACGUGUUCUGACAGCGAUCGGUAGAACAGAUGUUCCAGUAUUUAAAGGUGCAGUAGAACCACUCAUUACACCGGCACCAGUCCGAGAAAACCCAUUUCAUGGAGUUGAUGGUUUCGGGGAUCUAAACUUGGAGAUACCGGACGAGAGUUUGGUGCGAACGGAACAUGCUGUGAAUGAAAUUGCUCGAAGAAUACGAACCGAAUCGGGAGCACUGUCAUUGAUUUUCAUCGGACCUCUUACAAAUUUGGCUCUAUGUUUGAAGCUAUAUCCGGAUGUGUGUGAUCAAAUAAAACAUCUUUACAUCAUGGGUGGUAACCGAUACGGGAUGGGUAAUGUUACGAGUUCGGCUGAAUUUAAUUUUUGGACGGAUCCAGAAGCAGCAAACAUUGUGUUCAACUGCAUUCGAUGCCCGAUUACGGUGCUACCCUGGGAAACGUGUCUUUCGGAGCAGCGGUCCAUGUCAAUGGAGUGGAGAAUGAAGAUUGUUGGUAGCACGACUAACCAGGCAGUACAAAUGUUGAAUCGAGCGGAAGCCAAAAUUUUUGGCGAUCGACCGUUCUGGAGACCUUGCGAUGCGUUCCUGGCAGCAGUUUUUGUUAAACCUGAUAUUGUUAUCAGUUCCGAGAGGUUUCACGUCGAUGUUGAACUGAGCGGUAAAUUAACAAGAGGCCAAAUGGUUCUGGAUCAUUUGAAAUCUACUAGCGAGAAUGUUGAAAUAGUCGAUAGACUGAAUACCGACCAAUUCAAGCUGCUGAUUUUGUUUGCUGCCGAUCAUGACACUGUUAUAAGCUGAAGAUAUAUUCAAAUAAAAUGAUCAUGAAAUUCACCAACAA